AUGUUUUAUUGGUGGACGCGCAGUCAGAAACUGUCUCUGUCUAAAAAUGGCUGCCUUUAUACUUCCACCAUCCAACACGAGCUUCUGCAUGCGCUCGGAUUCGCCCACGAGCAUUCGCGCUCAGACCGGGACAGCCAUGUGACCAUCCUGUACGACAACAUCAGAUCAAAUAAGAAACACAACUUCAGGAAGUACAGGACCAACAACCUGUACACCCCCUACGACUUCAACUCCGUCAUGCAGUACUACAAUUAUGCCUGGUCUAAAAAUGGCAGGCCCACUCUUCAGUCAAAGAGAAACCCAAGCCUGCGUUUUGGACAUGCGACUCAAGUGAGCAAGUACGACAUUCUGAGAGUCAACCGUUACUACAAGUGCUAGGCCACAGGGCAUAAAGUCCAGACCCACCAUCUGUCACAGGUUUCUACAGAACCACUGAGCUGAGCAUUAGGGGAGGGGAGAGAAAUGUGAUUUUAUUUGUAAAUCA